AUGACCAUGUCAAAUAUACUUGAGGGUACGAAUGAAAUAAUUAAUCCUGACACGUACUUUCAAAUUAAUUCGCAACCUCGUACAUUACCUGAUAAUGAAAUUAAAGUCAAAGAAUUCGUAAAUAAACAUGAUAAUGCUGGUAGAAGAAUUGUUUUAAUCACGAGCGGAGGUACUACUGUACCAAUCGAGAACAAUACUGUAAGAUUUUUGGAUAAUUUUAGUGCGGGAACUCGAGGAGCUACUUCAGCUGAAUAUCCUUUUUACUUACAACCAUUUAGUAGACAUUAUACUCAUUCAACGAAUUGUUUUCUCGAUUAUAUGGAAUUAAAAGAUGAUGAUAACAUUGAAGUUAAUCCAAAAUAUUCUCAAAAAAUGAAAUCUGUAUUGAAGAAAUAUCAAAAAGUAAAACAAGAAGAUACACUCUUGUUACUUAAUUUCGUUACUUUAUCAGAUUAUCUCUUUCUUCUUCGUAGCGUUACGCAGAUUAUGACGUGUUUAAAAGAGCGCGCGAUGUAUUAUCUCGCCGCUGCUGUUAGCGAUUUUUUUAUUCCAUCUCAGAAAAUGGUUCAGCAUAAGAUCCAAUCUGCAGAAGGUGGUUUAACUCUCUCAAUGGAUCAAGUGCCUAAAUUUCUAAAGCCGUUGGUCACAAAUUGGGUACCAGAAGGAUUUAUUGUCUCUUUUAAGUUGGAAACAGAUCCUUCCCUAUUAGUUUCUAAAUCAAGGCAAGCCCUAACAAAAUAUGGUCAUCAAAUUGUCAUUGGUAACCUUUUAACUACGAGAAAACUUGAAGUAGUAUUUAUAACGAAAGAUUCUGAAUUUAAUUUAAAACUAUCUGAACAAGAAGUAAAAGAUGACGUUGAGAUUGAAUCAAAAAUAAUUCCUGAAUUAGUUAAAAAACAUGAUGAAUGGAUUAAAAAUGCUGAAAUGAAAUAA